AUGGAGAUCUUCUCCAUCGUGGUGUUCGGCUCCAUUGUCAAUGAAGGGUACGUGAACCGCCUGGAAGAGACAGAAGAGCACUGCAUUUUCAACCGCAAUCACAAUGCCUGCAACUAUGGCAUUACCGUGGGUGUCCUCGCCUUCCUCAGCUGCCUUCUUUACCUGGCUCUGGAUGCCUACUUCCCGCAGAUCAGCAGCGUCAAGGACCGCAAGAAGGCAGUGCUCUCGGACAUCGGAGUCUCGGCCUUUUGGGCAUUCCUCUGGUUCGUUGGCUUCUGCUUUCUGACCAACCAGUGGCAAGCUUCAAAAGAAGAGGACAACCCAUUGAAUGAAGGAGGGGAUGCAGCCCGAGCAGCCAUCACGUUCUCGUUCUUCUCCAUCUUCACCUGGGUGGGCCAGGCAUUCCUGGCGUAUCAGCGUUUCCGGCUGGGUGCCGAUUCGGCCCUCUUCUCCCAGGACUACAUGGACCCAAGCCAGGACUCCGGCAUGCCUUAUGCUCCCUACACGAACGAGGAGGAUGCUACAGACGCGGUGGGGACCUACCAGCAGCCCCCUCCGGCAGAUGCUUUCGACACCGAGACACAGGGGUACCAAACGCAGAACUACUGAGCCACCGAUGCCCCUUUCCCUUCCCCGUUCCCUUUUGCCCCCUUUCCCACUGCCGGCAGAAAGCCGAGGCACAAACCAGACAUGUGCGUAGUGGCACAAGAGGUGGCUCUCAGCUAUGCUCCAGCCUUCUGGGUCAUCUGUUUUUAUUUAUUGUUUUUAAAAAAGGAAAAAAAAAAAAAGAUAAAAAAAGGUUUCCCCAUCACCUCUUCCUUUUCCUCCUUCCCAAAACUACCUGCCAGAACCAAAUUAUUUCCAAAUCUGUCACCACGUUGUGACAGGAAGGUCCUCCCUUCCCUCUUCUCCCUCCUGCCUUGCUGCAGAGGGCAGAGUCUGGCCGGUGGGCAGGAGAGGGGCGAUGGCACCAGCAGGGCAGGGGAGAGGGUAUUGGAGGUAGAAAGGAAGGAGUGAGAGGGAUCAGGGACCUUCCUAGAAAAGAUGGUGUUGCUAAAGGCUGGAGUAGACGUGGUAGCAUCCGAAUUGGGCUGGAGAGCCCGGUGGCUCAGGGAGGGGGACGGUGUUGGAGCCAGCAUGCAGGCGUGCGAGGCUGCAGGGGGAUGGACGGGAGUGGGAAUGGCGUUCCCCGUGCAAAGACAGGGAGGCUGUUCUCUGCCACAUGCUAGUGCUUUAUUUUUAGAGGGUUUGGGAAGAAGUGAUACUGGGGUGGGGGGGCACAAAGAGAUAAAAUGGGAAGGGUGGGAGGGAGGAAGAUUUGCAGGUACAAUCAGUAAACCACAGGCACGACUGUUGGUUACAGCGAGAGACUUGGCAGAGCAGAGGGGCAGUGCCAUAAGAGUCUUCUCUCCUUCCCCAGCCCCCUUGGAUUGAGGUGGAGGUGGUUCCCCUCGCCUGUAUGUCCUGCUCACCACUCUUCUCAGACCAGUGUUUUGGUGAGGCAGGAGGGUGCCAUGCUCAGUUUCUGGCCCCCAGGCACAGUCCCUGAGAGGAAGGAUGGAGAAGAUGGGCUUCUAGUGGGCCUUGAGAGUCCUCAUCCCCAGCUGGGUUGGUUCAAGGGGGAGAGGAGAGCUUUGCCAUUUCACCCUGGGCAGGAAGAGGAGAAGAAAGGGUUUCAUUCCUCAGGUCCUGCUGAACCCUCCUCUGUUCCUCUGCUACCACACUGCAAAGCCUCUUGGCUGACACCAUCAUUGUGGCACACAGGAACAGAGCAGGACUCCCCGUGGAAAGAAAUACUGCUGCUGGAAUGGCCAGCGUGCAUCUGGCUCUUGGUGCAACCAAGUGGGGAAGGGACCUUCCCUGUGCAGCUGCGUUUGGCCUCCCACUCAGGUGGGGAAGAGGUCUUGGUGGGCAGAGAAUUGGUUUGGGCCAGACUGAGCUCUCUGAAAACUGGUCUUACUGUACUUUGCAUAGGGUAUACCAUAGUGCAUCUUCUGCAGCAUCUCAAAUCUUGGCUGUCUUUAAAGCCUCACCUAGGUGGCAGUAGUGACUCUCAGAUAGAGCUCGUGUGGACAUCAUUCCAUGCUCCUCAUGACUUUGCUUCGAGUAAAGACACAGCUGUGGAAGCACACUCUUUAUUCCAGGACAGAAGUAAGGUCUAUGUGUGAAGACUGUCCCUAAAGGGAAAUAACUCAGCAAUAGCCACCUGGACAAUUCUCCCCAGUACAGACAUCUCUCAGAGCACAUGAAGCAGGGUAUGCCUUGCAGCAGUGAGGACCUUCAUUCCUCAGGUAGCCACCCUGCUCCACACAACACUGGCCCCAGUAGCAGAAAUCAGGAGCAGAUCCAAAAUCCCUAGGUGCUCCCCCUGAGAGUCCAGCCUGUUCCCUGUAGCACCCUUAGGAGUCGGAAGCAUGGGACACAGGUCUGACCUGUGGUUGUGUGACCAUCACAUCUGGAGGACACUGAGGUUGCCAGUCCUUCCCCUCCUUCCAGUGUGACUCCUCUCUAGGUGCCCCACAACGAUAGGGAAGGGAUGGAGACCGUAGAGCUGCAGGCCCCAAGAUGCAAAGGGGGGCUGUUGUUCUCCACUGUAUGUAGGCACCGUUUCUACCUGCUCCUACCAGCAGCCUUGUGCUGCCGGUGGCUGUCCCCAUGGCGUAUUCUCCCCAUGGUUUGCCCUGCCUUGCUAGUGAUUAACCACUGGUGAGGACAGGAGAGGGGGACCGGGUAGCCCCAUGGGCGCAUGAGGAGGGACUGGGCACACGUCCCUUGUUCUGUGGCUGCGAGCGAAAGCAAUACUGUAAAUAGGAGGGGUAUUUUUUGGAGGGAAGCCCUUCAAGCUUCUUCUUCUGUGGGCUCGGCCUAAUAUUUAGGCUUGGGAGGGGGUUACUUUAUUGAGGGGGGUUCAUUAUGUCUGUAGCUGUGGGGGGAGCUCCCUCCAGUCUGUCUCUGCCACUGGGGGAGAGGAAAGAACGAGUGAUGAGGUGGAGGAGGAGAAAAACUAGUUGUACUCACCCAGACCCAUCUGUGUCAUCCUUCGUGCUUUUGUUUUGGGUGGGGGGGGUUGGGGAGAACCAAGAGGAGGAGGCGGCUAUAAAUAACCAGCCCUCAGCACAAAAAUAUGUUGUACUUUUGGGGAGGAACUGCCCAUCACUUGUCCCAUCUCCUGGGUGAGGGGGUGAGGGACCAGGCGUGUGAGGAGAGGUACGGACCAUACUUGGGGGGGGUCUACCUGGGGUUCUGUUUCGGGGUGUGGCACAGGAGCAUCUUACAUGCCCCUUCUCAGUGAGACCUGAGCCAGGUGGCUUCAUCCUGGGUUACUGUCCAUCCCCGUCCUUUACCUCCUUGCUUUGUGUUGUAGGAAAGCCAUUGGUGGGGCAGGGGGACUACAACAGAAGAUAUUUGGGCAACUUCUUGCUUUUGAUCCUGGGAAGGAGACACGCUCUCCUUGGGUUGACAUGCUUUCAGCCUUUGCAGUGGAGGGUUGGUGGUGUCAGGCCUAGGGGUGGGACUGUCCUUGUUUGCCCGUAGCUCUUUCAAAUGCAAUUUCCUGUGGCAUUUGGCUGGUUCUGCAGCUGAUGAGAGAUAGGGACCUACCCACAGGGUUGGUUAUCUUAUCUCAGGCACUUCUGAUAAGGUGCUGCCUAUUUCUGGUGAUCAUCAGGCAAGACCUGAGCAGCUGGCUGGAACAUGUCCCUUUUAGAUCCUAAACGUGGGUGAGAUCAGCCCCACUCCAGGGAUUAGGAGAUCAGAGGGAAGGCUGUGUAAGGGAAACGAUAAGGCGGCUUUCUUCCCCCUCUGCCAUUUGUCCGGAUUACAGAGGAUUACGUAUCCCCUGUUGAGAGCAAUGGCCCCUUGAUGUCUUCUUAUCUCAUGAAGCCCCCAAGUAAGGGACUGUUUUGUGCAAGCAGGGGCUGUGAAGGGCAAAAGGAUGAUGAAAACUUUGCCCCAGUUCUACCUGUGGCUUCAGCCUCCUGAUGUCUCCCCAUCCCCAGCUCACCCACGUCCCCACCACGCUGUUCAUCACCCCAUCACACACACCCUUCCCCUCCGCAGUUAUUCCUGGCAGUUCCCUCAGGGGAGGAGGCGUCUUUGUCCCUGCACCCUGGUGAGCACUUGGGAGGACCCGGGAAGGCAGGGUGGCAGGGUGGUUCCCACAGGAGCUUCGACUCCGGUCCCCAGAGCAGGUACAAGGCAAGGAGCCCAGUGAGGCCACCUCGUGCAGCGAGUCCAAACCAUCCAUCCAGACAACUGCCUGCGUGGCAUCCGUACCACCACCUGGGCUGCCCUGCCCCUUCCCCUGCCGCAUUACUGCCUGUGUAUAGUAUAUAUAUUAUAUAUAUAUAUUUAAAAAAAGAUGUAUAAUAUAAAGCUAUACAUAUAUACGUAUAUACGAUGACUCACGGAUGGCCUGCCGCAUACAGGAUCCCCUGAGUGGUCUCGUCUAAGCCCGAGUGCCCCUUCGCCCCUCCUCCCCCUCCGCCCCUCGCCCCCCCUCUCCCUUCCGAAAUCCAACUACAGCGAACCCCGCCACCUCGGCACCUGUGUUUACAAUGUCCUAUAUAUUUGUGGUUAACAAAGUGAAGGUGGUAACUACUGGUGUCUCAAUAAAGUUAUGACGUUCAAAAUAACCAAA